CUGAUAAUUUUACGACGCAGCACUCUCUGUCUCGCAUGUCCUCGUGGCGGUAAGAAAUAGCAAGGAGUGCGACUCUGCUCACUACAUACAGCACCGAAUUGCCCGUGCCCUUGCCCGUGCCCACCAGAAAGUUCUACUGUGGAUGUCACGGUCCAAAAAAUAGCAUGUGGUAGGAAUGAGAAACGCCACAACAGCGGCUUGACAUGAGCGAGAGUAUUGAUCAAUUUUUAUUAUAGUACCGGAAUUUUCUAGAGCCCGAGAGAAAGGACCAAGUCUUCCAGGAUAGUGUGAUCUGGUGCAACAAGAUUGACAUUUCUCGUGCAGACGAGGGAGUGACUGUAGGGAUUGGAAGGCGCUGUCGUUCCCUGCGGUAGGAGGUCGAUUUCCAAUUGUUGCUCUGCCUCGGAACAUUGCGGGCCUUACAAUUUGGCUGUCUGUGUCUCUUCUCACUUCUAGAAACUUUUCCAACUGCAUGCACGCUACUAUCUCGAUUUGACGGAUUCCGUGGUUUCUGACUCCGCCUAGGCACAAGCAGCAAUGGUAUCCGACGCUAGUAAGAAGAAGGCUGCGGCCAAGAAAGCCGCCGCAGCAGAGAAGCGUGGAUCUAAAUCGGCUGCAGCUGUAGCGCAGUCUAAGCUGAAAGAGGUGCAGGCUGGGGCCACCGCCGAAAGUUUGGCUGAGGAGAUGGCGGCAGCCAGGAUUACGGAUCGGACAUGUACGGGUGUCUUGGCAUCGCAUCCGCAGUCCAGGGAUAUUCAUAUUGAAUCGUUAUCUGUGACUUUCCACGGUCAUGAGCUGGUGUCUGACUCUACUCUUGAACUCAAUUAUGGAAGGCGGUAUGGACUUCUUGGGUUGAACGGCUGCGGCAAAUCGACACUUCUUACAGCCAUUGGACUCCGAGAAGUUCCAAUACCAGAGCAUAUGGACAUCUACCAUUUGACCAAGGAAAUCGAUGCCACGGAUCUGACUGCUCUUGAAGCUGUUAAGAAUGUGGACGAAGAGAGAUUGAAAUUGGAGAAGGAAGCUGAGAAGCUUGCUGCUCAAGACGAUGGUGGUGGGGAGCUAUUGGAUCGGAUUUAUGAGAGAUUGGAACUUAUGGAUUCUGCGACGGCUGAGAUGCGAGCCGCACAAAUUUUGCAUGGUCUAGGGUUCACCAAGAAAAUGCAAGCUAAGAAAACACGUGAUUUUUCUGGAGGAUGGAGGAUGAGGAUAGCGUUAGCAAGGGCUCUCUUCAUGAAUCCAACGAUACUUUUGUUGGAUGAGCCAACCAAUCACCUUGACUUGGAGGCAUGUGUGUGGCUGGAAGAGACCCUGAAGAAAUUCGAUCGAAUAUUGGUGGUCGUAUCUCAUUCCCAAGAUUUUCUGAAUGGUGUGUGCACCAACAUCAUCCAUAUGCAAAGCAAAAAGCUCAAGUUUUACACUGGAAAUUACGAUCAGUAUUGUCAAACACGAGCGGAGUUGGAGGAGAAUCAGAUGAAGCAAUACCGCUGGGAGCAAGAGCAGAUAGCAGGCAUGAAGGAAUAUAUUGCCAGAUUUGGACAUGGUUCUGCAAAACUGGCCCGACAAGCUCAAAGCAAAGAAAAGACACUGGCAAAGAUGGAGAGAGGUGGACUUACAGAGAAGGUUGUUAAGGAUAAGGUCUUGACUUUCAGGUUUACAGACGUUGGGAAGCUACCUCCUCCCGUUCUCCAAUUUGUGGAUCUCACGUUUGGUUACACUCCUGAUCAGCUUAUCUAUGAGAAGGUUGAUUUUGGUGUAGAUCUCGACUCUAGGAUUGCUCUUGUUGGACCAAAUGGAGCAGGGAAGAGCACUCUGUUGAAGCUCAUGACUGGCGACGUCACGCCUACGGAUGGCAUGGUGCGCCGGCAUAAUCACCUUCGCAUUGCCCAGUAUCACCAGCAUCUUACAGAAAAGCUCUCUCUUGAAAUGUCAGCACUCCAAUAUAUGAUGAGCGAAUACCCUGGUUUGGAGGAGGAGAAAAUGAGGGCAGCUAUUGGACGGUUUGGACUGACAGGGAAGGCUCAGAUUAUGCCUAUGGGCAAUCUCUCCGAUGGGCAGAAGAGCCGUGUCAUCUUUGCCUGGCUAGCUUGGAGACUGCCCCACUUGCUCUUAUUGGACGAGCCCACCAAUCAUUUGGAUAUUGAAACCAUUGAUUCUCUCGCGGAAGCUUUGAAUGAGUGGGAUGGAGGUAUGGUUCUUGUCAGUCACGAUUUCAGGCUCAUUAACCAAGUCGCCAAAGAGAUCUGGGUAUGUGAGAAGAAGUCCAUAACUAAGUGGAAUGGUGAUAUUAUGGAUUUUAAACGACACCUGAAGAAAAGUGCAGGUUUGUAAAGCUAGAAAGUGUGGAAAGUAAUGUCUCUAAGUAGUAGCCUUGGUAAGAUAUUCUUAUCCUGAAGUGCUAAACCACUUACCAUCUUUAAAAAUAGAAUAGUGAUGUUUUACGGAAAUAGGAAUGUCAGGACGAACGGUUGGCCUCGAAGGUUAAAGAAUAUCCCUAGGUUAGUUCCAAAUGAUUUUUUCUCGGAAUCUUAGUCGGUUUUGAUUUGAAGCGCAUUUCAUGCUUCAUCAACAACUGCUUGAGUUGGGUCUAGCUUCAACGGCAUAGAUUCUUGUAACAUUCGGUGAGUGGGCUAUGUAGUAGUCAAAGAAAGGUAUCUGCUAUAUUUGAUCCUAGAAAUUAUUGUGCACAAGGUUCAUCAAAACAACUGUCUGGAAAAAAUCAUUUACUUGACACAGCUUUCGUGAAAUGCACCGAAGUCUGCAUGUGGUUAACUCA